UCCAGCACCCAAGAACCCAGGGCUCCAGCCCCUCCCCUUCCGCCAGCAUCCGGGGAUCCUGACCCCGGCCCCCCAGGUCUCCACAUCUCCCAGGACUCAGGAGCCCGGCUUGCACCCCGUCUGUCCCUGUCCCUGCAGAUCACCAUGUACAGCUUCAUGGGCGGCGGCCUCUUCUGCGCCUGGGUGGGGACCAUCCUCCUGGUGGUGGCCACCGCCACGGACCACUGGAUGCAGUACCGGCUGUCCGGGGCCUUCGCGCACCAGGGCCUGUGGCGGUACUGCCUGGGCCACAAGUGCUACCUGCAGACCGAGAGUAUCGCGUACUGGAAUGCCACCCGCGCCUUCAUGAUCCUGUCCGCCCUAUGCGCCACCUCCGGCAUCAUCAUGGGUAUCCUGGCCUUUGCUCAGCAGUCCAGCCUCACCCGCCUCUCCCGGCCCUUUUCCGCGGGAAUCAUGUUCUUUGCAUCCACCCUGUUCGUCCUGCUGGCCUUGGCCAUCUACACCGGAGUCACUGUCAGCUUCCUCGGCCGCCGCUUUGGGGACUGGCGCUUUUCCUGGUCCUACAUCCUGGGCUGGGUGGCGCUGCUCAUGACCUUCUUCGCAGGCAUCUUCUACAUGUGCGCCUACCGCAUGCACGAGUGCCGGCGCCUGUCUACCCCACGCUGAGCCCGGCCCGGGCCGCCAGAGGGAGGCCGCUGGAGAGGAGGCGUCGGAGCCCUGCGAUCCGGCUCCCGGGGCGCGAGGGGGCUCACGGGGGCCCCGACUUCCGUGUCCUGAGGGAAAGGAGAGUAGCGCCUGGUGGGAGGCAGCAGAGAAGUCCCAAGCCUAGAGAAUCGGAGUAUCCCUUAGUGCGACAUUUGGGGGCCUAAUAAAAGUGACAUGAAACUGUGCCGGCGUGAGUCCUUGUCGGGGGAGGAGAGAAACCGGGGAGCGGUAGGUGGGCGGGAGGCAGGUGCUGUGAGGUGCUGGCCCGGGCUGCCGGUUCCAGCAGGCACGGGGACUGAGGCCGUCACACACACCCCACCCAGGCUCGGCCACAGUUUCGCUUUGAGAAACGGGCACGUAGGAUGUGUGCGUCAUGGUGGUGAUGUCUAGAAGCCCAGCACUCAGGAGGCUGAGGCAGGAGGAUUGCAAAUUCAAGCCCAGCCCCGGCAGUUUAAAAUAAAAAAGGUCUAAGGCUGUAGCGC